AUGAAUGUUAUAACAAUUGAAGACUAUAAGAGCACAUAUUGGCCAAAGUUGGACAGUGCCAUAGAUCAGCUUUUAACUCAGAGUCCUGGUGACUACAUCCCUAUCUCCUAUGAACAAAUAUACAGUUGUGUGUAUAAGUGUGUAUGCCAGCAGCAUUCGGAACAGAUGUAUAGUGACCUAAUAAAAAAGAUAACUAACCACUUAGAGAGAGUCUCAAAGGAGCUGCAGGCCAGCCCUCCAGAUCUCUAUAUUGAAAGAUUUAACGUAGCUCUUGGACAGUAUAUGGGAGCAUUGCAGAGCAUUGUGCCUCUUUUCAUAUAUAUGAAUAAAUUUUACAUAGAAACCAAGCUUAACAGAGACUUAAAAGAUGACCUUAUAAAGCUGUUUACGGAACAUGUUGCAGAAAAGCACAUUUACAACCUAAUGCCUUUACUUUUGGAAGCUCAGUCAACGCCGUUUCAAAUAACUCCUUCAACCAUGGCAAAUAUUGUGAAAGGCCUGUAUACACUACGACCAGAAUGGGUACAGAUGGCACCAGCUUUAUUUUCUAAAUUCAUCCCAAAUAUUCUACCCCCUGCUGUGGAAUCUGAACUUCAGGAAUAUGCUGCUCAAGACCAGAAGCUUCAAAGAGAGCUUAUGCAGAAUGGAUUUACAAGAGGUGACCAGUCACGCAAGAGAGCUGGAGAAGAACUAACUUACAAUGGCUCAUCAGCUUGUGCAAGCUCCAGGGGAUACAGAUAGUGAAUAUACUGGAUCAGCCUUUAUUCCUUGCCAGAACAGACACUGGAGCAGCACGGGUGGUAUCCGGAGCCUCCUUUGGCAACUGCUGAUACUCAGGCUCUGACACAAACUAUGCCUCAAAGAAGAGUUUUAGACUUUCUUCUUUCUAGAAUAAAAUGUCAGUUGCUGCUACAAUUGAGAGAUUUUUUUUGAAAGACGUGAUUCCGUGGUCUGGCCUCCCAACAAGUUCAAGUUCAGUGAUUUUUGUGAGGAAUGCACCUUGAAAAACUAUCCUUUCAAAGUGGAAAUGGGCAGCCAAAAUCAGCAGCUUCCAAAAACGUUUGAAUGGGAGAAUCUUUUUGCACUCUUUUCUUAAUGUUAAGGACAUUGUUAAAACUAGUUAACACGUCAGUGUAUUAGUUUUUAAACUUCAAGGUAUUUUCUGGAGCUUUUACUUAAUAAGAAUAAAGUUUCAUUAUUUUGCA